AUGAGCCGAGUAAAUUUGAUCACAGCUAGUGAGUUACAGACCAAAGGAACGCAGUUGGGAGCUGGAGCGUUCGGAGUCGUGUAUGCAGGUUUUUGGUUCCCAAAGGGCAAAGGCAAGAUAAAAGUACCGGUCGCAAUCAAACUUGUCAAGGGGACGUGUACUGGAAAAGAGGAGACCGAAAUGCUGAAUGAAGCGAUGCAAAUGUCCUCCCUUCGCCAUGAACACCUUCUGCGUCUCGUGGGAAUUUGUCUGCACGAAGAAGGAAUUCAACUGGUCACACUUCUACGCCCACUCGGAAAUCUUCUCAAUUUCCUGAAAAAGCACAAAGCUCACUUAUGUGGCAAGGAUCUCCUGCUGUACUGCUAUCAGAUAUCCUCGGCUAUGAAGUACCUGUACGAGCAUCGUAUCAUUCAUCGCGAUCUUGCUGCCAGAAACGUUUUGGUGAAACGCCACAACCACGUAGAAGUGACCGAUUUUGGCCUCGCAAAACUUCUCGACUACGGUCAGGAAAAAGUGAAAGUCAUGGAAGGAAAGGUCGCAAUAAAAUGGUUAGCAUUGGAAUCGUUGAGAGAUCAGAGCUACACGCAUCGUACUGAUGUCUGGGCAUACGGUGUCACAUGCUGGGAAAUCCUAACCUUUGGACAAAGCCCCUAUCAAGGUAUGGAUAUUUGUUCGAUCAAGAAUUUCCUCAAAGAAGGGAAUCGGCUUUCGCAGCCCAGCAACUGCUCGUCGGAACUCUACCAAGUUUUGCUGCAA